CGGAACCACUAGUGUUGGUACUACAGGGGCUAUAACAUAUCAUUAAGCUAAUGGUGUCCACAACUCGGACAGUAGCUUCUUAAUAAUUAUCUACAAUUUCACCACGUUUAUUCCCAGUAUGUAGCCAGGUUAGUUAGCGUAGAAAUCACUGAGCGAAGGUCACAGCGGUUAGCGUUAAGGUUAGAGGUUAGCUGGUUUAGCUCGGUUAACUGCCAGCUUAGCUAGCUGGUGGUGUGCUAGCUAACAUUACUUAGCUUAGUUUGAAAGCCCAGCGUGUGAAGUUAACUUGGUCAGCGAGAGGUGACCGUUCAUAUCGGAGGAGUCUACCAUAGAUAAAGCAUGGCGCUAAAGUCAGGAGAGGAGCGUCUGAAAGAGAUGGAGGCGGAGAUGGCUCUUUUUGAGCAGGAGGUUCUUGGUGGUCCAGUACCAGUAUCAGGAAGCCCACCUGUUAUAGAGGCAGUCCCUGUAGCCCUGGCUGUCCCAACGGUUCCAGUAGUGAGACCCAUCAUAGGCACCAACACCUACAGACAGGUCCAGCAGACAUUAGAGGCCAGAGCUGCUAGUUUUGUUGGUCCUCCUCCACCGGCCUUUGUGGGACCAGUCCCUCCAGUACGUCCCCCCCCUCCCCCCAUGAUGAGACCAGCCUUUGUCCCCCACAUCCUGCAGAGACCUGGUGGUCAGAGGCUGCCAAUGAUGCGUGGUCCUCCGAUAGCACCUCCUCUGCCCCGGCCUCCUCCACCUCCUCCCAUGAUGCUCCCUCCUUCCCUGCAGGGCCAGGCACCUCAGGGUCCCUCUCAGCCCAUGCAGCACAUGGCUUCUGCCCCUCAGGUCAGAGCCAUGGUCUCGAUGGUGUCGGCCCCGUCCACGAGACAGGGAGCCCCCCCUCCCGUUAAACCAUCACAGUCAAUCAUCCAGGCAGCGCCGACUGUUUACUCUGCUCCUCCUGCUCCUGUUGGACAUAAAAGAAUCGAUGUCAGAGCUCAGAGACAAGCCAGAAUGGAGGAGCUGGCAGCACGGGUGGCGGAGCAGCAGGCAGCAGUGAUGGCGGCAGGUCUACUGGACAAGAAGGAGAGUGACAACAGCGGCACUGUCAUUGGCCCCAGCAUGCCUGAGCCUGAGCCCCCCCACAUUGAGCCUGUGGAAAGUGCUACAGAGGACAAAAAGAAAGCAAAGUCUGAGAAGGUGAAGAAGUGUAUCCGGACUGCAGCAGGGACGAGCUGGGAGGACCCCAGUCUGUUGGAGUGGGAAGCAGAUGACUUCCGUAUAUUCUGUGGUGAUCUUGGUAACGAGGUGAAUGACGACAUACUGGCCCGAGCCUUCAGCAGAUACCCGUCUUUCCUCAAAGCUAAGGUGGUGAGAGACAAACGCACAGGGAAGACUAAAGGCUACGGCUUCGUCAGCUUCAAAGAUCCAAACGACUACGUCAGAGCCAUGAGAGAGAUGAACGGGAAGUAUGUUGGCAGUCGUCCCAUCAAACUGAGGAAGAGCAUGUGGAAGGACCGCAACAUGGAGGUGGUUCGCAAGAAACAGAAGGAGAAGAAGAAACUAGGCCUGAGAUAGUGUCUGUGCGAGUUUGUGUGUUGUCUUAUUUUAAUUUGUCCGAUCAGGAGCUGUCCUGAGGUUGUCUGGGUGGUCACUCUUUCUUAAAUAAAACCUUAAUU